UGGCCACAGUGCCUCCAUCAGCCUCCAGGCCGGGCGGAGGAACCGAAUGCGGAGGGGAGGGCCGGGGGCAGAGGUGGCUCAGCUGCGCCUCCUCUAGGCCAGGGCUCUCCGCAGGCAAGCCGGGCUGCGAUUUCCUUCUCCGCCCCCGAGCCCUCCUCCUUUGCAACCUCACCCACCGGGAAGCUACUACAGCGCCUGCGUGAAUUCUGCCCUGCCUAGCUCCCCGGCUACUGACCGGAUGUUAGCCGAUUUCCCAUAGUGCCUUGCGAGUGGCGGGCAUGAGAGUAAACUACAGAGGGUCACCAGCGGGUUCUGUUCGUCAUUUUGGAGUUCUGUUGUGCCGCGGGGCUGUAGGAGGUUGGCGCCUGGUCGCUGCCUUUUUUGCAUAUGUACCGAGAUGUUUUUCAUCCACCGUGAAUAGUUAUCCAAAGAAGCCUCUGACUUCAUACGUUCGAUUUUCUAAAGAACAGCUACCCAUAUUUAAAGCUCAGAACCCAGAUGCGAAAAAUUCAGAACUAAUUAGAAAAAUUGCCCAGCUAUGGAGGGAACUUCCUGAUUCAGAGAAAAAAAUAUAUGAAGAUGCUUACAGGGCAGACUGGCAGGCAUACAAAGAAGAGAUAAACAGAAUUCAAGAACAGUUAACUCCAAGUCAGAUUGUAUCUUUGGAAAAAGAAAUCCAGCAAAAACGUUUAAAAAAGAAAGCAUUAAUAAAAAAGAGAGAGUUAACAAUGCUUGGAAAACCGAAAAGACCUCGCUCAGCUUACAACAUUUAUAUAGCUGAAAGGUUCCAGGAACAUAAGGAUGGUACAUCACAGGUAAAGCUGAAGACUAUAAAUGAAAACUGGAAAAAUCUCUCCAGUUCUCAAAAGCAAGUGUAUAUUCAACUUGCUAAUGAUGAUAAAAUUCGUUAUUAUAAUGAAAUGAAAUCUUGGGAAGAACAGAUGCUUGAAGUUGGACGAAAUGAUCUUCUACGUCGCACAGUAAAGCACCAAGCAAAAAAUGGCAUUGAAGAGUAUUAAAAUAGAAGAUUGAGUUAUGUUCAUAAUGGAUAGACACAAGAAACCAAUUAGGUCUCCAUAUCUGAUGCUGUUGAAAAUUAGAAAGGAUAAAGUUGGUGAACAUUUUAUAUUUAAUUCCUUUUUCUUUAGCCCAUGGACUUCUGCCAGUUCAAUACAUUUUGUAUUAGUAUCUUGCUUUGGAAAACCCAAACAGAUAAAAAGUUCAUGUGAAAUUUA